AUGCGCACCAGAAUUCCCCUGGCCCUUCUGGGCGUCUUCUGCAUUACGCAUGGGCUAAAGCAACCCGUGCCACAAAAUUCUAAGCCGCCGUGCGAGACGCCGCACUACGACGGAGUCGUCGAGGUGCAAGUCAUCGUGCACGAGACGCCCGCCGGCUGUCCAGUGGUGGUGGAGACGCUCGUCGAGCGGCCUACCGUCGUUGAAGUGGUUCCUGGCUGCACUUUGACGGUCACGGACGCCCCGACAUGCAUCACCACGACGUUGACGCCAACUGCCAGCAUCUGCUCCACAGAAACCAUCUCCAAGUAUACCAUUACUUCCGGAACUGAGCGCUACACGUCCACAAUCUCUGGGGGUGAUGGGGACUGUACCAUCAUUUUCGACAAGCAGCGCGUCCGCUACGGAAACCCAGACAUCGUCCACUUCCAGGACAAGUGUCACUACAACCCAGUCAACAACCGGCACAAAGAGCACUUCAAAGAAUACAACAUCCACGGGCAGCACCCGCGACACAACAUCAACCAGCAGUUCGCGCGUCACUUCUUCAGAGACCUCAAAUGGUGCGAGUACACAACCGCUACCAGCAGUACCACUACCAGCUCAGGCUCCGACGGCAGUUCAAGCAUUACGAGCCCCAGCAGUACCACCACGUCCAGCACAACAAUCAUCGCCACCACGAGCACAGUAACUACCACCAGUUCAAGCACAGCAACUACCACCAGUUCAAGCAGCACGACCAUCACAGCCACUAGCCCAAGCAGCGUGACAACCACUUCCAGCACAAGCACGUCUACUACGAUUACGAGUAGCUCAAGCAGCACGACCAGUUCAUCCAGCCUCAGCAGCUCCAGCACCACAACUGAGUCUACCACGAGCAGCGCUUCAUCAACCACAGAGACAUCUACAACAACUUCCUCCACCUCUUCAAGUGAGUCCACGCCCUCGCCUACGGAUGCCUGCGACACGAUUCCAGAACAGUGUGGCUCCGGUGGUGGCCUCACUGUCAAGUACUACGAGAACAGCAUCGAGACGCAGGCCUACGGGAUCGACGCCCGCACGGGCGGCCUAGGCCCCGACUACUACCUCGACCUUGAGCCGCUCGGAACGGGCAUGACGGACACACUAAGCGUGCCAUACUUCUACGGCGCCGACGGUCGCCGUGGCAUAUACAUCCCCGCCGAGCCAGCAGGGAGUAAUUACUACCCGGGUUUGACAAACACGUUUGCGGGCAUCACCUUUGACGCCAACAAUUUUACGCUCGUUUUCACAGGGUAUUACAAGGCGCCCGCCUCGGGGCCAUACACGUUCUGCGCCGACACGGACAAUGUCGACAACUUCUACAUCGGUUCCGUAGACGCGUUCCCCUGCGGCGAAGGCAAUACCACCAAGACGGUGCCACCUGGCGCGCAACCGCUCGUCUACAAUUACUACGGGCGCACGUCGCGCAAGACGUGCGGGACGCGAGACCUCGUGCAGGGCUACUACUAUCCGAUACGGUCCGUCUUUGGCAACUGGGGCACUCCGUCGCACCUCAAAUUCACGGUGAAGCCGCCAGGGGGCGAUGAAACGUCUAUGAUUGGAGAUUUCGGGUAUCCAAGCGAUUGCGACUCUUAA